CCGGCGGCGCGGCACGAGGAGAGCCGGAGAGCUGCGCGGCCGCUCCGCGUUCCCGAGCCCGUCCCGUCCCGUCCCGUCCCGCCGAGCCGCGGGUUCUCCGCGCGGUGAUGCGUCCCCGUCGGGCGGCCGCCUCCGCCGGGUCCUAGAGCCCUCGCGCCGCUCUGUCCCCGCUCCGCGCGGGGCGGCGGCCGCCCCCUGCUCGCCCGGGCGCCGGGCCAUGAGCACGGCAUGGGGGUGAACGCCGUGCACUGGUUCCGCAAGGGGCUGCGGCUCCACGACAACCCGGCGCUGCGGGAGUGCAUCCGGGGCGCCGACACCGUGCGCUGCGUCUACAUCCUGGACCCCUGGUUCGCCGGCUCCUCCAACGUGGGCAUCAACCGCUGGCGGUUUCUGCUUCAGUGUCUUGAGGAUCUUGAUGCCAAUCUACGGAAACUGAAUUCACGUUUGUUUGUUAUUCGUGGACAGCCAGCAGAUGUUUUCCCCAGGCUUUUUAAGGAAUGGAGCAUUGCAAAACUGUCUAUUGAAUACGACUCGGAACCAUUUGGCAAGGAGAGAGAUGCAGCAAUUAAGAAGCUGGCUAGUGAAGCUGGAGUGGAGGUCAUCGUUCGAAUUUCUCACACAUUAUAUGACCUAGACAAAAUUAUAGAAUUAAAUGGAGGACAGCCACCUCUUACUUACAAGCGAUUCCAGACUCUGAUUAGUAGAAUGGAACCUCUGGAGAUGCCAGUGGAGACUAUAACCCCGGAGGUAAUGCAGAAAUGUACCACUCCAGUUUCCGAUGACCACGAUGAGAAAUACGGUGUCCCGUCGCUUGAAGAGCUAGGUUUUGACACAGAUGGUCUGCCUUCUGCUGUAUGGCCUGGGGGAGAAACAGAAGCUCUCACACGACUGGAGAGACAUCUAGAACGAAAGGCUUGGGUAGCAAACUUUGAAAGACCACGAAUGAAUGCCAAUUCCCUUCUGGCAAGCCCUACAGGGCUUAGUCCCUACCUCCGCUUUGGCUGUUUGUCCUGUCGACUCUUUUAUUUCAAGUUAACGGACCUGUACAAAAAGGUAAAAAAGAACAGCUCCCCUCCCCUCUCCCUCUAUGGCCAGCUGUUAUGGCGUGAAUUUUUCUACACAGCGGCAACUAACAAUCCACGGUUUGAUAAAAUGGAGGGGAAUCCUAUCUGUGUUCAAAUUCCGUGGGAUAAGAAUCCUGAGGCUUUGGCCAAAUGGGCAGAAGGCAGGACAGGUUUCCCUUGGAUUGAUGCAAUCAUGACCCAGCUGCGACAAGAAGGCUGGAUCCACCACUUUGCCCGGCACGCUGUGGCCUGCUUUUUGACUCGAGGUGACCUCUGGAUUAGCUGGGAAGAAGGAAUGAAGGUCUUUGAAGAGCUCUUACUUGAUGCAGAUUGGAGCGUGAAUGCUGGGAGCUGGAUGUGGCUGUCCUGUAGUUCCUUCUUUCAGCAGUUUUUUCACUGCUACUGUCCAGUGGGUUUUGGCAGAAGAACUGACCCAAAUGGAGAUUACAUCAGACGUUAUUUGCCUGUACUUAGAGGCUUCCCUGCAAAAUACAUCUAUGAUCCUUGGAAUGCCCCAGAGAGUGUCCAGAAGGCUGCAAAAUGUGUGAUAGGAGUUAACUAUCCCAAACCAAUGGUAAACCAUGCAGAAGCAAGCCGUCUGAAUAUUGAGAGGAUGAAACAAAUUUACCAGCAGCUUUCACGAUACAGAGGACUGGGUCUUCUUGCAACAGUGCCUUCUAAUCCAAAUGGAAAUGGAAAUGGUGGCCUAAUGAGCUUUUCACCAGGAGAAAGCAUUUCUGGUUGUAGCAGUGCAGGAGGAGCUCAGCUGGGAUCCUGUGACGGUCAGACAGCUGGCGUUCAGACAUGUGCCCUGGGAGACUCUCAUACAGGAGGAAGUGGAGUUCAGCAGCAAGGUUACUGUCAAGCAAGUAGUAUCUUACGCUACGCUCAUGGAGACAAUCAGCAAUCACACUUAAUGCAGCCAGUGUCAGGAAGAGCAUCUCUUGGUACUGGCAUUAGCGCUGGGAAACGCCCAAAUCCAGAAGAAGAAACUCAAAGUGUUGGGCCAAAAGUCCAGCGGCAGAGCACCAAUUAAACUGCAUUGUUAGAAGAGGAGAUAUCGCUUAACACCCAGGACAAAGUUUCUGCUACUCCAUAUUGGGACUGAAGAGUUGUGAGAGUCCUCGUAGUAAAAUAACAUGCUUUUUCAUAAGUUAUUUUCAAUUGUUCUCAGUUGUUGUAAAGUCCAAUUUUUGGAGCGCAUUAUUUCUAACUGGCAUUUCUAUGGUUUUUAACUUUUUAAUGACUCUUUCACAAAGGAUAAAUUGAGUUUUGUAUAUAAAGUAUUUGGUGAAGUAUUUGCUAACUUAAUGUAAAUACAAGCAUUCAUCAUUAGCAUAGACCCAUCGAUAUAUUUUUGAUAAUCUUUCAUGUACAUGGUAUUAGAAAGAGCUGUAGCGACAUUCUGUAAAACAGAUGGACAUAGAAAGCUUUGGAGUUUUUAAACUGCCAUUAUUUUUAGAUCCCAGGAUUUGACUUCUGUACGAUCAACUUCAUAUUUUCGUAACGUAAGUGAUUAGGACUGUGUUUAAUCAAAUACAGUAGAGCCGUAAUCUUUACUAAUCGCACUUGUAUAUAAAGUCAUACGCCAAUUUUUUUUGUCAGGCUGUAAAAUUUUGAUGUAUAUGUCCAGUCCUUGUAUUUCUCAGUUGCCUUGUUCAGUAAUGACAUAAUGUUGUUAAUAAAAAAGGAAAACUGUAUGGCUGGAUACGAA